CGUCAACUCAAGAGACUCUGACAAACUCAGCGCCGAUUCGCCCACCGAGCUACCAAUGAGCUUCAACGUGACAAACCUGGAUGGAGGCGGGAACCUUGCAGCCAACACCAGGGAUAACUACGCCCCCUUGCUGUACUUCAGUAACACUGCAGAACUCGAGCAGGCCACCAAGCUGUCACCCCCAAUACCACUCCAGCUACAACCAGGAGAUCAGACAAACCUGAGGAAAGCUCUACCAAUCGGUCAGAUGCACCAGUUCUUGACUGCAUCGGCCAAUGUGAGUCUCCCGAGGGAAGACUGUUCCUCUUACACCCACCUGUGUCUGUUCAUCGCUGAGAGAAACUACCCUGAGAAAGACGUAAACAACAACGACAUCUGCAGGCCGCUGGGCUCGCAAGACGGCGCUGUUGUCAACGCUGCAUGUCCGACCAGAGUUACACCAUGGUGGGUGUGGCUGAUUGUGGCGCUGUGUAUCCUGUUCCUGCUGCUGUUACUGCUGUGUCUCUGCUGCUGGAUCUGCGGCGCUGGGAGGAAAAAGAAGAAGGACCAAGACAUCAGCUUGUAUUCGCUGACGUACAUCGACAACACAGCUGGUUUUGUGCCUUACACUUACAACCCUGUCACCAGCAGACCGGGACGCCUGCCCGUCAAUCAACCGGUAGUGAUGAAGUUCCAGCAGUAUAACCUCCCCCGAGGCUGGGACCACGCGCACGAGUCCGUCAACAGGAUGAACAACGUUCCGUGGGCCGACGAGGGCCCGUCCAAGGUUGGCAAGAGCGGCGUCGAGUCCAUAAUCAGCAGGGUGGCUGGCAAGAGAAAAUCCGUCAAUCUCACCAAAUAUGGCGUUCUGCCGGAAAAUCUGAACAACCAGCCAGACAGAAACAACCAACGAGAGAGAAACAAUGGACCAGAGAGAGGUGGGGCAUCAGUGACGGUCGACUUCAAAUGAAGAAGAGGAGAUGAUCAUAGAAAGAAGCUGAGACGAAGAAUUUUGCUGGCUACAGCUUCUGUAAAUGGCAGGAAGUUCAUACAUCUCAUAUAUCAAGAGCCAAUAUAUCAUAUGAAUUGAAUAUUAUAUAUCAUAUUAUGAAAUUGUUGCCAUCAUUAUGUAUACUUUUGCACAUUUUAACUCAUAGCUCCGCAUUUGACAAUCUACCAUAAAUAAUCAAUUUGAAUACAACAUUUAUUAAGCAUUUGCUGCCAUCAACAUCAUAUCUUAUUAUUUGAUGUGAAAUUCCAAAACAAUACAUAUCAGCCAGCCAUGGCAUUUAACGUUAGAUACGUACUCAUAUCUAUACAUCGCAUACGUGUACAACAGCCUCAUUUAACUUGCUUGAAGAAUUAAAUAUUUUUUACUGAUU